CGAGCCGGGGAGAGGAGCUUCUCAAGCCGCAGCAGAGACACACACAGCAGCCGGAGCUUCACCCAGAGAAACACACCCCGUCACCCCGGAGCCGGAGGAGGAAGCGGUGCUGUCGCCUCAUCGCAGCGGGGGGCCACAGCGUCGUGUGCCCGCUGCCAUGUCGGAGUUCCUGGUGGCUCUGCUCGGGGAGCGGCUCGUCGACAGCCAGCAAGCCGAGGUGGACGUGCACUCGCUGGGUUCCGAGCUGUCCCUGCUCGGGCUGUUCUUCGGCUGCAGCCUGAACGCACCAUGCAAGCAGUUCAACGGGAGCCUGAGCGAGUUCUACAGCCGCUUCAAGAAGACGUCCGAGCACAAGGACAAGCUGGACGUGGUCUUCGUCUCCUCGGACCAGGACCAGAAACACUGGCAGGACUUUUUGCAGGAGAUGCCCUGGCCCGCGUUGCCUUUCAAAGACAGACACAAAAAGAUGAAGCUGUGGAACAAGUACAAGGUAACCAGUAUCCCAUCGCUGGUGUUUGUGGAUGCAGCUACGGGGAAGGUGGUGUGUCGGAACGGUCUCCUGGUGGUCCGAGAUGACCCCAAAGGCCUGGAGUUCCCCUGGGGGCCGAAGCCGUUUGCAGAGGUGGUGGCAGGGCCUCUGCUCCGGAACAACAGGCAGACCACAGACAGCAGCGCUCUGGAGGGACACUACGUGGGAGUGUACUUCUCAGCACACUGGUGUCCGCCGUGCCGCAGCUUGACCCGGGUCUUGGUGGAAACGUAUCGAGCCGUCAAAGAGAUGGGAAAGAAGUUCGAGAUCGUGUUUGUGAGCGCUGACAGGUCGGAGGAGUCCUUCAAGCAGUACUUCAGCGAGAUGCCGUGGUUGGCGGUGCCGUAUUCAGAUGAGGCUCGAAGAUCACGACUCAACAGACUCUACGGGAUACAAGGUAUUCCCACGCUGAUUCUGUUGGACGCAGAGGGUCACAUGAUCACGCGACAGGGCCGCGUGGAGGUGCUGAACGACCCGGAGUGCCGGCUCUUCCCCUGGCACCCCCGGCCCGUGCUGGAGCUCAGCGAGUCCAACGCCGUGCAGCUCCACGAGGGGCCGUGCCUGGUCCUGUUUGUGGAUGCCGAGGAGGAGGGGGAACUGGAGCCGGCCAAGGAGCUGAUUCAACCAAUAGCAGAGAAGCUCAUGGCAAAGUACAAAGACAAGGAGGAGGAGACGCCGCUUCUGUUCUUUGUGGCUGGAGAGGAUGACAUGAGCGACUCCCUGCGGGACUACACUAACCUCCCGGAGGCUGCACCUCUGCUCACCAUCCUGGACAUGUCGGCCCGCGCCAAGUACGUCCGCGACGUGGAGGAGAUCACGCCGGCCGAGGUGGAGCAGUUUGUCAACGACUUCCUGGUUGAAAAGCUCAAACCAGAGCCCAUCUGAAGAGGACGUCUGAAUAUACAUGGGGACACACUAUAUUGGGACUCACUCCAUCAUCGAACCCUGACCUGUUGCUACGCCCCCUCCCCCCCUCACUCCUCCCCCCCAGCCUCCCACUGUCUCU